CCUUUAAACAGUCGGUGCCAAACGCAGAAAAGGAAAGAAUCGAAAGGAGGAGGGAGAUCACGCAUUUACCCCUGCUGACUCUCCAUUUGACAGAAGCCAAUGCAGAGAGGCGCACUCAGAUCACCACAGACAACCUUCUGAGAAAGAAAAAAAGAAAAGACGCCGCAUGAAAUCUCACCCACUAUGUAGGCUACACAACUCGUUUGUCUUUUUUUUCUUUCCUGUGGACAAUUUUACGCACCCCAGAAGACUAAAAGAAAACGCCGCAGAGAUGAGUGUUGCGCGGUCUGGCGUUCUUCUGAAGGAUUCCCGCUCCUGAUAUAGGGACCAAAGAGGACAAAACGAGGCUUUUUUUUUUUCUCUCCCUAAAGAAGAUCGCAAAUGUGGAGCGAUUAGAGAAGGGCUGAUGAAGGGACUAUUAAUCCUUUCAGUGCAUCAAAAGCACCAAGGGGCAUUAGAAGCGUUUGGAUGGAAAUCGGAACUGUUUUUGGUUUUAUAUGAAACUGGUGAUUAAUUCUUAUGAGUUUUUUUUUUCUUCACUUCAACUUAAUAGAUUUAAGGAGGGUUUUUUUUCUUCUUUUUCCGGUAAGAGGUUUUAUAAAAGUGUGAUUUACCAAGACAAAUCCUUCUCAUUUUUGACUUUUUUUUUUUCUUCAAGUAUUUCUAAAUCUAAAUGGAAUUAGUUGAGUGUGAAGCCGUUUGUGAAAGAAACAGACAUGGUACAUGGGCACAGCUUCCUUCACGUUGUGGCAAGUCUACUCAUACUCGGGUUGUCUGGGGCAACAAAAAAGGAUACGGCUACAGUGAAAAACAAUUCUGGAGUAAAGCCUGCAGGUCAGUGUGGAGCGUGGGUAAAAGAAGCAGAAGGAGGACUCUUCACCUCCCCCAAUUACCCAAACAAAUACCCCCCCAACACAGAGUGCGUUUAUAUCCUUGAAGCACCCCCAAGACAGUGCAUUGAUCUACACUUCGAGGACAAUUAUUCAAUUGAGUCCUCUUGGGAAUGUAAAUUUGACAACAUUGAGGUUCGCGAUGGACCGUUUGGCUUCUCCCCGAUACUUGGGCGGUACUGCGGUCAGCACAGCCCACCAGAUAUCAGGAGUAGUGGCCGAUACCUGUGGAUAAAAUUUGUGACAGAUGGAGAACUGGAAGGGGUGGGAUUUUCAGCAAGUUACAACUUCACAGCAGAUCCCGACUUUGCUGAUUUGGGAGUACCCCCACCUCUGCCCUCCUGUCAGUAUGACAUGGUUGGUCCAGAAGGUAUCGUUGAGUCCCACCAGAUCACAAGAGAUGGGAAAGCAGGUGCCGCCGAGGCCGUCGACUGUAAAUGGUACAUCCGUGCUCCACCCCGUUCCAAGAUCUAUCUGCGUUUUCUGGACUAUGAAAUGGCAAACUCCAAUGAAUGCAAGCGCAACUUUGUAGCAGUGUAUGACGGAGGAAGCUCUGUGGAAGACCUGAAGAGCAAGUUCUGCUCCACGGUGGCCAACGACAUCAUGCUGGUGUCCACGCUGGGAGUCAUCCGGAUGUGGGCGGACGAGCUCAGCCGCAAGAGCCGCUUCCGCAUCCUUUUCACAACCUACCAAGAACCUCCAUGUGAUGCUGAUGCCUUCUUUUGUCACAGUAACAUGUGCAUAAACUACACUCUGGUGUGCAACGGCAUGCAGAACUGUGUCUACCCCUGGGAUGAGAAUCAAUGCAAAGAGAAAACUAAUACCAAAUUCCUGGACAAUCUGAAUUCCACAAACGGGGCCAUAAUUGGUGUGACUUGCUGCAUCGUCUUCAUCCUCCUCAUUGUCUCAGUAAUUGUUCAGAUAAAGCAGCCGCGUAAGAAGUACAUCUUGCGACGAGAAGACUUUGACCCCACCAUGUUUCAGGAGGUCUUCGAGCCCCCUCACUAUGAGCUAUGUACUUUACGGAGCGCUGCCACGCCCACAGCAGCCUCUGCAGAUUUGGUUGACUUGGCAGAGGACUUCGAGAACUACCACGCCCUCCGCCAGACCUCCUCCCGCUGCAUCCACGACCACCACUGUGGCUCCCCUUCCUGCCCCGGAUCCGCGCACAUAUCGCAGCUGUCGCUCAGCGGGCGAGGGAGCCGGAGUAACUUAAGUGCCCGUGACUCAGGGGCCGCGGCAGCUCUGCUCGCAGACCUUCCGCAGCCGCCCAUGUCGGUGCGGCCGCUGCUGCCGGCCACAGGGAACCGCAGGAGCAUCUUGGUCAUGAAGCACAGCUACUCGCAAGAGGCGGCAGACAACGGGUGCGACCUGGACGAUGACCUGGAAGAAGUUCCCACGACGAGCCACCGACUGUCGCGCCACGAAAAGGCAGUACAGCGAGCUGUCAGUGGUCUGAGAUGGGAAAGUUUAAGUUGGUAAGGAAUGACCUGUGGAAAAAGAUAACCAUUCAUAUAUAGUCAGUACAAAGAAACUUAAUUUGCUAAGAUCGAAGCACAGGAAUGGAAACCAAACACGGUUCUAGAUUUUUAAGUCUAAGAACAAUUUUGCACUUAAUAAAGCACAUUGAGAUCCCAUAUGCCGUCAAGUUACACCUACAUGGGGAUCCUCUUAUAGAAUUGCAUGACAUAUCAGUUCUUCUUAUUAUGCUUGUGUGUAACAUUUUAUGUGCAAAUGCUCCAUGACAUUGCUUGCAUGAGGUUGCAAAAACCCCUAAUGUGACACAAGAAAUUGUAAGCACCCAGUAGUAAUACACAGAACUGUUGAGUUAUUUUAUUUAUUUUUUUAUCCCUAAUAGUUUGAUUUAGUCCAAACUGUUUGAUGAAGUAAAGCGUGAUUGUGCUCUAAAGGGCCGCAGCUUCAUGUGUGCAUAUAAUGAAGUCGUUCCAACAAUUACUACUCAUUGUUUUGUGUCUUAGCGUGAGAAAUGUGCUGUCUUAAUGUGUCUGUGUCUGCUUAUGCUGUACUUUAUGUUGCAUUGUCUCCAUCAUGUAGACUUCUUGAGAAUAGUGCUAUCCUGGAACAGUACGAACGGGCGUCACUGACCCAUGACAAAGCGGAGCGGAGAUUUACACCAGCAUGAUGCUGAUGAUGAUGAUGAUGAGGGGACACUUUAAUGAAAUGGAUACUGGAGGUGUAUUCAUGCGCAAAGAUUACAAAGGACUAGAUGGAAAUACUCUAGCCACAAUGUUGUGAAGGACGGAUAUCUGAAAAACAGUCGUCUCUGCUGCUGUUGCAGUUUUUUUUUUUUUUUUUACUUUUAUAGAAGGAACACAGUUCAAGGACCUCUGCAAAACAUCUGUGUCAUUAACAUAAAUUCCUUCUGACCACAAAAGAAGUUUGAACAUGUCUAAGUUCGUUUUUCAGCAUGUCUUUUUUCAGUCAGUGGCAUACAUGUUAUGAUUUUCACAACAAAUUAUACAGGCUUGCAAUUGGUCUACUCUCUUUGAAUUUAACUCUACGUAUUACUAAACUAUUUUCAUUUUAUUUAUUGUGGGGUUACGAAACCUCGGUUUUAUGUUGGAUAAUAAUGUAAGGUAGAGGCUUGUGGACUGUGCAUGCUGUUUUAUUUUCCAUUAAACCAUUAACAUACUAACAUUAAAGUUGAAAGAAAAAAGAAACACUUAUUCAUGCACCGUAUGACCUUUAGAUGCUAUUUAAAUAGCAUUCACAAAAUGCGUCAAAUACAUUGAAUGUCUUGUGGGUAAAUCACUACACGACGUUCUUCAAUCUUAAUUUCACAGCCUGAUUUGAGUUUGACGUCGCUGUCUUUUGAUAUGUUGACUAACCAUUUGACUUAAACGUUCACUUUAAAAUGAGCCUUUUCGACAAAUAUUUAAGUCUGACUGACUUCUCUUCUACUGAAGCUCAAUAUCUUUGUAUGAAAAGAGACUUUUAUAAUAACAAACAAUGAAGUGACAGUUUAAACAUUGUUCAACUUAUCUUUCAGGGCUUAUUUUGCUGAUGCUUUUCAAAAUAAAUGCAAUGUUUAAGCUUU